GGGGCGGGGCGUUGCCGUGGGAACGGCAGAGAGUGACGUGUGAGGGCGGAAGCGGCGCCGGCUGCCAUGGGGGGCUCGGCCAGCCUGUUGCCGCAGGAGGUGCUGAGCGAGUACCAGGAGCUGACGUUCCUGAGCAAGCAGGAGAUCCUGCUUGCCUACAAGAGGUUCAGUGAACUGCUGCCAAAGGAGGGAAGGGAGAAUGCCUGCUCCGCGCGGGUUCCCAAGAGCCAGAUCCUGACGUUGCCUGAGCUGCGGGCAAACCCGUUCCAGCACCGGAUCUGCCGGGUGUUCUCCACCUCUGACAACAGGGAUGACAGCAUGUCCUUUGAAGACUUCCUCGAUAUGCUGAGCGUCUUCAGCGACUCCGCUACCUUGGACAUCAAAUCCCACUAUGCCUUCCGCAUCUUUGACUUCAAUGACGAUGGGAUUCUGGACAAAAAGGAUCUGAAGAAACUGGUGAACUGUCUGACAGGGCAAGGCAAGGAGUCCCAGCUGAGCAAUACAGAGAUGGAGCAACUCAUCAAAAACAUCCUGGAGGAGUCUGACAUCGACAAGGAUGGCACCAUCAACCUCUCCGAGUUCCAGCACGUCAUCUCCCGCUCCCCGGACUUUGCCAGCUCCUUCAAGAUCGUCCUGUGAUAGCUGUGUGGCUCUCCAGCAGAACUGCUCCUGCGGCUGUUGCAGCUCUUUGUGGUCUCAGAUGUUUCCUCUCAGCGAGCAGAGUGGCAGAGGCCCCCACUCCUCACCAGCCCAGCAGGGCCGUGCAGUGCCUUAGGCAGGACACCCUCCUGCUCCCCUUUCAUGCCCGCAGGCGAGAUGGCAGGCAUCUCUGCAGCCUGCAGAGGUGGGACCCCGGGAAGCUGCCUUGCCUUGCAGCCACUCUACUCUCCCAGGAUCAAAUUUUAACUCAUUAUGCAAACCAAGGGCAGCUCUAUGGGUGGGGGGAGGCACACAGAGGUGCUUCUGGCUGGGGCCACACUGCACCAAGCACAGCCCCUCUCUGCCCUCAGUACCAAUUCGUGCCUUCCACUAGCAGGCAGGGAGCUGCCCCCCUCUCUGCCAAACCCCUGCCUGGCUCUCCUGUCUUCCCGGGGGCCUCCCUGCUGCAGCAUGGAGCCGUUUCUCUGAGCAAUAACCCAAACGCGGAGCCGUUUCUCUGAGCAAUAACCCAAGAGACACUGCAGAUGUGCCACCCUGGCAGCAGAGCUGUCCUGCCAUGGCUGUGCAGGAUGCCUUCCUCUCCCAGGCAGCACAGCCAGGCUCGCCCCGGGGAUGCUUGGGGCUGCUCUCCUUUUCCUCGCUGCCCCCCUCCUCUGGCUCGAGCUCAGCAGCUGCUCUACUUGCCCUGGCCUCUUCCUCCCUCUGCUCCUGCGAGGACACAAAUAAAGGGCUCUGGUUUCA